AUGGAUCUUAUCUUGCAAAAUCCUAUGCUACUCUUUAUUUAUCUGGCUUCUCUUUUUCAAGAAGUGCACUCGGGUUUCAACGCUGUUUAUUUGAAGAAAACCAGUGCAAACAUUACGUGCGGAAGUCCACCUGAAGAAUUUUUUGAAACACAACAAGGCUCUCUAAGUGCAGUCGACAGGGUCCCGUUCAUUUGCAAUGCUAGUGAUCCAUCAAAAGCAUAUCCACCAGAUAACAUGGUAGAUAGUUUAUUAGGAACACACUGGCAAUCUACUGCUGGAGAAGACAUUGCUUCCAUUACAAUCAGCUUUGAACAGGUACCAGGAAUAGCAAUUAGCACAUGUUAAAAAACACAUUUGCAUAAUAUGAUUCUGAUUCCAGUAUAGGCCUCAUUCCUUCAUGAUAUAGAUAUAACGACUAUAAUGAUUAUUUUGAGUAUAGUGAAAUAACUUAACUGUGAGUUUAGUGCAGCUAAGAUGAGCGCAAUUAUUAAAUAUCAAACGAAUGCGAUCCAUAUAUGGGACGAUGAAAAUGAAAGAAAAAUACAAUUCCAGUUUUUAGAAACAAAACUAAAUUUUACUAAAUAUACUAGAAAUGUUUGGACUGCAGUGCAUAUGCUAGUGUGGCAGUUUAGAAAGUUUGAGAUGAAUUAGGCUAUGUGGCGUACAUUGAAAUCAACAAAUUUGUCUGUAAACACCGCGCUGACAAUGAUGGAUUUACCGUCAAAACGUGCCUUCAGUAUAUUAUAAAGAAUUGUUGUGUUUCUAAAACCUUUAAGGUUUUUUCAACUGUCUGAGCCUUUUGGAGUAUAUCACAAUCAUUCAUUUGUCAAUUAAAAUGAGCCAAGAGGAAGCAUGAACAUGGCUUUGAACAUAACUCCGUUGGAUCAACUCAAGUGAUUACUGUUAGCAUUUGCAUAUUAUUACUUUUCAUUGAAGGCGUUUUUUGCCCAAAACAUCGAGAUUAUAUUUGGUAACUACCGGAGACCAGGAGCGAUAAUGGUGGAGCGGUCAACCGAUUAUGGAGCUACCUUUACACCUUGGCACUACUUGGUAACCCCGCCUGCUUCCCGUCAGUGCAGUGCCACGUUUGGAGUCCAGGCUUUUCGGGGCGUAAUUGACAGAGUAGACCAAGUUCUCUGCAUGGAGUACAGCCGAUAUGUUCCCCCGGAAUACAAUGAAACGGUAGGUUUUUGAUUAUGGCCUUAAACCUGAAAAUUUUAAAUAAACACUCAUGUCAAGGAAACGGAUUGAAGCUAUUAGGACCCUAAGUUUCAAAAGAUAGCCAGAUACGUCCCCAGACCAAAUUAGCCCUCUAUGACUAAAUCACAAAACAACCAAGGCCAUCUACUCUUCAACAAUAACUCCACUUAUUAAUUAAACUUCUUUCUUCUUAGAUAUCUAUUGAACUCGAUCAAAAUCAGAGAGGAGAUGGUACACCAGAUCCUUACACCCCAGGCUUACAGGUAAUGAAAAAAAGAGAGUAUACCCGACAGCUAUGACUAAAAUCAGUUAUUUUUUUGCUUUUAGCUGGUUUCUUAUUUGGCUGUCAGUUACAGUAAUAGCCCGCGUAUAAGAACCUGAAUUUUUCAAUUUAGCCUAAAUAGGUUCUUAUAUAAAUGGUACUUAAAGCAAAGUUAGGCUACCGAGGUUCUUAAAAUAGGUUCUUAUAUUUUCAUAUGAAUUUCAUCUGAAUAUACUAUAUAUAUUAUAAAAAUCAUCUCAUAAUACAGUAUAAAUCAUUUAUUUGUACCAUAGAGCAAUGCCUAUAGGCAGUUCAAUGUAGGUACAGCAUAUGUCCUUAACAAAACAUAACAAAGAAAGUUUCUACCUAUACACUUUUACAGCAACCCCACUGAUAAGAACCUAACUUAAAAUUUUAGCCUAAAUAGGUUCUUAUGUGGAGGGGGCUUAAAAUGAAAAUUUUAGCCUAACAGGUUCUUAAAACCCAGGUUCUUAUACGCGGGCUAUUACUGUACUUGCAUUGCUUAUAAUUGUUUUUCUUUCAGUCCUGGAUGAAUGCUACGGCAGUGCGUUUUAGCUUUUCGGGUUUAUACAGAAAGUUUGACAACAUGGCAACAAAAUGGGUAGGUAAACCGUGUUACUUAUAUUUGAAAAGAUUGCCUACGCGCAUACUUAAAAUUCACUACAGUGAAACCCUGCCUUACGGCUACCUCGGUAAAACGGUCAGCUCGUUAUUACGGCCACUGUUUUUGGUCGCCCGGCAAAGCAGCCAUACAUUUUCUUGUAAAAAAAAAACGCUCGUUAAUACGGCCAAUUUUUUUGGCCCAUCAUACUAAUGCAUCCUUAGUACAACAUUCACCAGCUUCAUAGACUAUUUUAUUGACUAAAGCGCUGGCUCCUUUUCUUUUGAGAUUUUUCUUUGGGACGUGUGAAGUUAACAAGUCCUACUAUGACUAUAAAGUUUUCUUGUUUAUCUCACAUGCCAUAGCAUCAUUACACCGUGCGUGAAAUUGCUGUAACAGCUCGGUGUGACUGCAAAGGGCACGCAGAUGGCAACCAAUGUCCGUCCAACCAAUCAACAGGCUUACGCACAUGUCAGUGUCAAGGUAACACAUGCGGCGCGCAUUGUAACAAGUGCUGUUCGCUGUACAACCAGUUCCCGUGGAAACCAGGAAGUGGCGCGCCAUGGAUAAACGACCCUGCUGCUAAUUGCGAACGUGAGUUUAAGUUAAAGGGAAAAUAAGCAAUGUACAUUACAUCCAGCUAAAAAUCUGGUUCUGCCAAAAUUUAGGCAAAAAACAAAAUUGUCUUGGUAACUAUACGAACGUCGUUUAGCUCCCGGCCUAAAACCCGCAGUAACACCAACAUGAAGCUCGCCGAAAAUAAAACAGUUGCCUUGGUAAUUCGUGACUACAAUCUCUUCAAUGUGUAAAGAUCUCACCCGAACAGUUUAAUCCCUGUGUGAGACAAGAAAACAAGGAGAUUUCUUUCACAGGACUCGGUUUUACACAUGAGAUUCAAUUAGCAAAGACAAAUAAAUACAUUUACAAAAGUAAUGAACAAAAAUUGUAGUAUCUAGAUAAGGAGCAAGUUGGGAUCAUCCAAAUAGCAAAAGCUAAUCUAGUGAAUGACCCCCAAAAUACUAUUACGCACAGACGCUCUGUUGCUAAGGUAGGUCAUAAAUAUUUAAUUAGUACACAAACACUGAUUUCGAUUGUUCGCAACUUAAUUUUGCAAAACUAGUUUAUCCUAAGAGAAAUCAUGGAUGACUUGAAUGGUCCAAUUUGAGGUUAAACAGUCCAUUUAAAUGUUAAAUGUUUGUUUAAUCGUUACUUGUUCCCGUCUUUAAAGCGUGUAACUGUCAUAAUCAUGCUGGGAACUGUAUGUACAAUCAAACCGUGAGCGACCUGGGCCUUAGCAUGAGCCUAAACGGAUCAAUGAUUGGAGGAGGAGUGUGCGUUGACUGUCAGGUAAGCUGAAUUAUAUAGCAAUUAUUGAUAACUCUGUGUCUUAAAUUUAUUCAAAAGAAAUUCUUACUUCAAAAACAUUCCUGCGUAGAUCGAUGCCAAGUUCCUGUCAUCAUUUGUCUGUUCGUCGUAAAAUUCAGAAUGUAACUGAUAUAUAGAGAAUGUAAUGCAUAUAGUCUUCAAAUAACAGUUGUCCUCGGUCAAGUUGUAUUUUUGCUGUUCUCUCUACGUUUUGAGGGAAGUAGUUUUUGGCUUUUUCUCCUUCGCAAAACGUGUGAAAUUAUCCGCCAUUUUCUCCAACUCUACGAAAACAGCUGAGCUAACACAAGCUUGUGCCCUGUUUGGUUACCAAGCCUUUUUCUGGCGAUAGCUCGCACUAUUGAAGUCAUUUCAUCGGAUAUCACAAGCAUUGUCCGGCUUUGGCCAACUGGAGUUUGAAGAAUUAGCCAGGGGAUUUAAUAAUCCCACUUAUUAUUCAUUCAAAAUCUGAUUCUAGUGGGCGGAAAUACCUCGGGGUAAUUCUUCAUAAGUAGCUAGCCUUGACCCAAUUUGGGACAUGUUUGCUGAUACAAAAACAAUUGACGUUAAUCAUGUCUACUGAUGAUCUAGUGAGAAUUUACAGACGGAGAAAAUGGCGGAAGAAUAGCAAAAAUAUCACUCAAAUGAUAACAACUGCUAAGAACAUCUGCCAGGAUUUACAUUCCUUUAUAUCCUUAUCCUUGCCAAGAAAGAGGCAAACGUUAUGAAAAAGGGAACUUUACAUAAAUCGACGCUAGUAAGCAUGUUUCAGUCAUAACAUUCAAAAUGCUUUGAAUAUUGAAACAAUAAUCUUCGACAUUCUUUUAUGGAUUUGAAACUGUUAAUUUGGUACAGUGAAAUAAUUUCACCUGAAAUUAAAGAAAUUCAAGUUGAUUAAGUUGCACUGCAAGCAUUACAUGAAUAUUUCGGUUAUGUAACAACGAAACUGAAUACAAAAUAACCGAUAGGCGACUUAAACUGUGAGUGUUGUAACUGGACCAAGUCAAGGUCCAUAGUCCAAGAUCGGAGGUGGACCUUACCUUGGACCAGCAAGUGGAAGUAGUCUGAACAAACAGUCGCAUAAUCAUUGACUCAAUCAAAUAAAAUCGGUUCAAGUAUAUUUGGUUGUUCCGAGUUGGGCAAAGAGGGAAAAAAGUCUUCCAAAUUUAGGAACUUCCUCACAAGUCUGUCCGCUGCUGUACUAGACAAACGACAGAGCAUAGCAAAUUGCAGUUUCUCUGAGACAACAAAAAAUUAUUAAAGGAAAAGAAAGUCGAUCAUUGUGAAUUGUUAAGGCUUUUCAAAAUAUAAUAUCAAUUAUGUUCAAAGUCUAACUAUACAAAUUACAUGCUAAAAAUAUAUGUAAAAACCUACAGUGAUUUACAAUAGAUGAUACAAACAGGCAAAGCUGCAUCACAGUAGUCAAAGUGUAACAUUGCUUUGAUACGUUUAAAGUCUAACUAUACGAAAAUGAUGCUUAAAAUAUAAUAUAUGUAAUUCAAGCUAUUUACAAUACAUAAAGCCAACAAGCCAAUCAUUUCACAUUGCUCCUUGUACUCAAACGUCUGCGGGAAAGAUAGCGACUUCUUCUUAAACCUGUCUCAUAAUAUAAAUCCUAGGCUAUUUUCAGACUUCCUUUAAUCAAGAUUGUUGCACAAAAAUGUUAACAAUGAUCACAUGAUUUUUUUCUUUUUUUUCGGGGGGUGGAGGUGAUCAUGAUAACUUAAGAUAAACAUUUUCAAACUGGCCCAGUAUUGAAUUUCUGCAUAGUGACGUUUUGACAAUAUUUCUAAGUAAUGUUUGAGCUUGAUCCUAUUCCAUUCCUUAGCGAGUAGUUAGGAAACCGUUUAUUUUAACACAAUCAGCUCAGCACUGAUGUCAUGCGCAAAACUGAUCAUAGUGGAGUAACACAAACCGCUUACUUUCUUAAAACAAUUCUGCGCAAGAAAAUGCUGUUUGGCAACUUUCUGUUGAUUUGUGUGUUCGCUUCGUUUUCUUUUGUUUCCUACUCGAACUUAGUCGUGAGACAGCAUAGUGAUAACAGAACUAGCAAGUAAUGUUUCUGAUUAAACUGAAUAAACAACAACAACAAAACAAGCCGUCUAUAUUUUUAACUACGCCUACCAAAAGCUUGUUAGCUAUCCUUUUGACUUAAGUUUCCUGGGAGAAAACAGUCUCUAGUCUUUGACACCGCGGGUGCUCGCGUUGUAGUUGUUUCAAAGCGCAAGCCGCUGCUUUAGACGCGCAAGUCACUGUUUCUACCUCUUACAGUCCUAGUAACUUGUGUAAGGAGGUGGACGAUCGUCCGCGUUGAACUCUCCAGCACUAGGGGCCGCAGCUGCAGGAGCUGCUGUAGUAUCUGAAGCCGGUUCGUUGGUUGGUACAUCCUGAUAAAUCAGUGUAGUAAGAUAUUUCAACUCGAACAAACGACCCACAAUCAUAACAAUGUUCUUAGCGAUGAACAAAGAAGCGACUCUGUUGAAAUUAAAAAUUAAUCCGAGGCGCAGCCCUAAAAACACAAUAUUCAGCAACACUUGGGUGAGACUAUUGGCGAGGGAUACUUCCGUUUCGUCUCCUCCUUCUUCAAGCCGCUUUUCAUCAUAAGGAAUGCCCAGUACCGACUGGCACAAAAUGCUGAUACAGGCAAAGGAAAUCAGCAACUUCUCAACACUUUUUGGCACAUCAUGACUAGUAUCAAUUUCGUCAAUCACAAUCGAUAGAAGCUCGAUUGCAUCCACGAGAUCAAUGGCGGCUUUGAUUGACAAGUUGACUAUCGUUUUUCUGUGUAUGGUUGAUUCCAUUCCAGUGUGAAACAACAACAGGAGCAGAAGAGGGGUUAUACAGAGAGACAUCUGUAAAGUGCUCGGAUUUAGAAAACCUUUAGGCUGAUAAAGUUUGUCUACUGCUAUACCAAACACGACCCCAAUCAUUGGCACUAGACCGAGCCAAACAUAGGAUAACCAAGUGAAAAACAGGAACUUAGGUUUUCCCGCAUUGUUGACGCUGAUGUACCACCAAAAUAAUGAAGCGGGAAGGAAGAGAAGGGCAAAAGAAUUCCACGCAGAAUGAUUUUCGUAGGCCGCUAAAUAUGCAGCCAAGGCCAAGCCUUGGAUGAUUAUCAAGACGAAAAACAAAAAUCGGCCAACAGUCACUAUCCAUGCCUUCAAUAGCAGAUCCAUGAUUUUUUCGCCAAUUUAUGUUUGUUCAUGCUCGACUAGUCGCGAAUGAGAAAAAAAAUUAUUUAUCAAGUUUUUUGCAUGUUCACUUAAACAGUCUCAAGGUCAUCAUAGCAUUGAUCAUGUGGUAGACAUCAUCUCCCCCUCAGCUCAAAUUUCAUAACAAUUCCAUUUUGGCUUCAAUUACGUCAACCAGCAGGUUUAAAUGACCCUGAUCGAAACUCGUUUUAUAAACACCUUUCUCUUUCUUGAGGCUUGAAUAUCGAAUUGUUUUUAGAAUAUAUUUUUCAGAUGCUUUCUUUCUAAGGCAGAAGCUAAUAAGGGACAGCUACCAGAGGGAUAACAUUUUCCUAUUAUCUGUUUCCGUUUUAUCUUUUUGUUGUUUUUGCCAUUUUACUUCACGCGAUAAGUAUGCUUUAACACGUUUUUACACCAAGCUCCGACCGCAUGAGCAGUGAUAUGUUCCUUUUUGACAUCUAAAACGUGAUAAAAAUACUGACCGCUUGUGAUCAAAAUAUGUUUCAACUCGUCUGUGUCCUCAAGUUCAACUGGAAAUGAAACAAGGACAUCUAUUUCAAGUUCAUAUUAGAAAAUGAGCUGAAAAAGAAUCGGGUUUUCCUCGUAAUCGCCAAUGAUAAUAAAGGAUUUUAUUUGACAUGUCAUUUUAAAAUUUGUUAAUUGUAAAGUGUACCUUAAGAAGUAGAAAAAAAUUUUGAGGCGAUUGAAUGCUGAUUAUUGAUUGAAUAUUGACUGAAUAUUGAAUAUUGAUUAUGAUAUUUUUCAAAUAACAUUCAAUAAGAUUAUAGGGUAUUUAAAUGGCAAAAUGAGCGAUAUCUUUUAAAGCAUUUUUCUCAUAUUCAAUCACGCCCAUUUUCAAGUGAACAUGAAACUGGUUACAUUACGAGGCCAUUAGUGAAACAUAGGCUGUUUUAAGGUUACCUUUCUGUAUUUCAGCUAUUUUUUAACAUGUUUUGUAUCAAACGUGAUACAUUGUUCAUACCCAUAACCAGACCGGCUGACAUUCUAAACAAACAAAGAGGAGAGAACAACAACAAAAAUUCAAGGGUAAAAAGAGAACUCCAGAACCCAAACCCUUAUAACAAAUGAGUGCUCAUCGUCUCUUUUAAGUGCUGGGUACUUGUUAUGCCUAUCACAAGUAGUUCGUGAUUGGAACUUGAACUUGUGGACAAGGUCGCUUUCAUCACAGGUAGCCCAAACUCCUUGGAAGGUGACAUUGCGUAAAAGCGUAAAUAGAAGAGUUAAAUUGUGGGAAUGUACAAUCGUAAAUAACAGGGCAAAUAUACUGUAUCUGUGUGAGAAAUGAAUGAAUGAAUGAAGUUUAUUGUACACUCCCCUGAGGGACUUUCAGUUAUACACAAACAAAAUGUUUAAACCUAUUGUGCAUCAUAAAAUUGUAAAACAUAAUUAUAUAUUUACCUAAGUUUCCGCUUAAAAUUCCUAUGGUAAAAUAAAAUGUUAAAACCUACAAUACAUUCCAAAAAAGUAACUUUUAAAAGUCUUAUGUGUAUUCAGUCACUCGCUGGAUCAAGAAAGAAACAAAUAAUUUAAUAAGAAAACCAGCCGAUUUAUUUCUCCUCUUCCGCUCAGUGUGUAUGACUUGUGAGGGAUUUCGGUGAAGUUAAGGUUCGCUGUUUUCUUCCUUGAGGUAUCAUCAGACAUCUCUCCAGAGAGCAGAAAAAGGACAAUAGUGAGCCUAAAACCGGGUGGAAGUCUGAUCUAAAACGACCCCAAAAGACACCAAAUUACAAGUUAUAUAAGAAGAGGAGUGCUAAGUCUCGCACCACAUUACGAUACAAAUUGACGCUAUUACGUAAUUUAAUUCAUGCAUGUUUCGACUUCUCCCAAGGAGCCUGGGGAUCCUGUGCUUUCACACGGCUGAACUAUGAAAUAAACUGUACAAUGAACCAGAUACACUACACUGGAUCCUGGUAAAACGUUCUGUGAAUUUAAAGUUCGAGUAGAACAAAUCUGUGUAUCAAGGUAACAAGGUCAUAAGUACAAAGGCGAGUUAUGGCUAGCUUUCUACGCAGGCACGCUCUUAGACGACUUCGUAGGGCUUCGGCACGCGAGCGCUCGCCUUCUUUAGGAACAACUUUCAUGGGGUCGGAGGAACGCGUGACGAUGACUUAACAAGGCACUAUCAAUCAAACUUUUCUUGUUUUCCUCUUUUUUCUAAGCACAAUACACAAGGAAUAAACUGUGAAAAAUGUAAGGAGUAUUUUUACCGAAGUCCCGGAAGAAAUCAAUCCGAUGUGGAUGCUUGCCAAGGUAAUGCAAAAAAACUUGGUUUAUAAUAUUCUAAUAAAAAUUGAAAAACAAGCCCGGUCAUAAUUAUGAUCACACUCUGAUCAGGGUCAUAACUUUGUACUUUCACAUAGAAACAGUCAUUUGAUCGGUUGAAAGUACUGAUUAAGUUUAGAGUUUAAUAAAUAUAGCCCAAAACACGUACCAGCAAUAUGUAUUUAUCUUGAAUUCAGUUUCUCCGUUCCCAUAUUGACAGGCUUUUUUACUGAGGGGGGGGGGGGAUUCCUAGUUUGACACAGGUAAGGAUCAUCAGUGUAGUGAAGACUUACUUAUAGUUCCUUGCCUUGGUUUCGACGAAAAUCAGUACAACAACAUUUAUUUUCCUAUGAACUUUCAGCUUGCAACUGCAAUUUGAAUGGAACAACCAAUGCUCCAGGAUUAGGAUUUGGUGACUGUGUAAAAGAUGAAAACCUCUUAUCUUCUCAUCCGGGAAAGGUAAUUUUCAUUUACGCUGAAAAGUACUGGUUUCAGUGCUGAUAAAAUUGAAAUUUCGUCAAUGUUUGUAAUUCUCUGACUUUGAUAUAAUAAUAAAAACGGAGAAGAUGAUUAGCUAAACUUCAAAAACAAUAUAUAUGUUUAUACAAAAACAGUUCAGUGUAUUAUAUUAUCAUUCUUUCAAAAGGCCUCUGUUGACGUUUAAGACCUAAGAGACAAUGACUUUCGUUGAUUUUUAUGUAGUUUCCCAAUAAAAGACAUAAAAUCGAGUUGGUAAAAGCCAACGCUCAGUGUGUUAUAUUUAAAAGAGUUCAAGUCACAAAUACUAAAACAAAAACGAACGUUCGCUACGUAUAUUGUUUCUUUAUCUUAAAUCUUUAUUAAUAUCAGUCUUAUUAUCUGUUUCUUAGCAACCGGGUGACUGCUACUGUAAGACAUUUGUACAAGGUCGUCAGUGUGAUAUGUGUCAGGUCGGAUACUACAGACUGACACAGGGGAACCCCCAAGGGUGUAUAGGUAAGAACACAUUAUUCAAAAAAAAAAAAAUGUUUUAAAUUAUCAACAAAGUAAUUGCUAGAUUGCUUCUUUUUGGUACAUAUGCACCAUGUAACCUGUUGUUAUCUAGUUCAAAAUGCAUCACUGAUUAAUUAUUUGAAACUAGUGAUGAAUUAUCAAUCUGACAUCAAAACCUUGGUACUUUUUUAAUCGUUGGUCCCUGGUUAGAAAAGACGUGCUGAAAUGCAAUGUAACAGUUUGCUUGUAAAUUGUAACUUGUUAUGAGACCUUAGUUCUUUACCUUCAUUAAUCACAGCAGGCAGUAUUGACUGAAUAUUUUCUUUGCCUCUACUUAUUACACUUUUACCUGUCUUAACUUGCUUUCACGUAAACAUUGCUUGCUGAUCACCAAUCCAUGAAGCCGGCCCUCGGAUAUGUUGUUGCGGAUCAUCUGUCUCGAAUCUGUUAUUCUCUGUAAUUGAACUACUUGGUGGGAAAAGAUUGACCAAGUAUUUUUUAAUGAUCACCUACCUCCUCUUGAUAAAAAUACUGUUUUCGUUUAGCAUGUGAUUGUCAUCUAGCGGGGACUAUCAACAGAUCAAGUGUUUGCCAAGGGGUAAGUUUUCCCAUUCUAAUGCGUUUAUUUUUGUACAAAACGCAGUUUGACUCGGUUACCUUUCCUUAAAGACAAAAAAAGUAGGUUACAAAUUUGUACGGUUACUGGUAGAAACAGUCUCACAAGUGUUCUGUUCCGGCUGAACAAGCAAAAAACCAGCAAACAAACUAAACUAAUUAAGUAAUGAUGGCUUAUGCCAUGCGAGGAACAACACACACAAUUCACAUGUUAUGGUUAAACUUCCUUUGAAAAAUAUGCACUUUAUUUGUGAGUGUCAAUGUAAUUAGCACGAAAUUACUUAGUGAGGGUACCAUUUUUACGUUUCCAACCGGAGACGCGGGACACCGGAGCCACGCGAAGUUCUAGCCGUUUGCAGGGCAAUGAAAGUACCUUCAAGAGAAACAGUCUCUUGCUUGAACUGAAAUUAAUACUAAAACAUGUCAAUUUAGAGUCUACACCGAAUCCUAUUCUCAUGUGAAUGAUCCGAUCAUUAUCAAAUGUUUUAACGUAUAUAUUUGGUGUUGUCUUUAGGAUUACUAUGGCCAAUGUAACUGUAAGACAAACGUGGAACUUCGCAAUUGCAGUCGGUGUAAAGAUGGCUAUUAUGACUUACAAGAUGCUCACAUCAGUGGAUGUAAAUGUAAGUAAGCUUUACCCUGAGGCUGUGUUAACUGUGCACUUUAUGUCAUAACAUUUAAGCAUUAGGUUACAUUUGUAAGACUAAAACACUCACGUCGAAGGAAGCUGAAGGAAAGUUCAAUUUUCAUUCACUAUGUUGAAAUGAGAAGUGAAGUGGCCUGAAUUUGAAUGUACAGUCAACUCAUGUUACAGCAGUGGACACUGUAAUGACCUUGAGUUAGUGUCCUCAUUAGCGAGAGUCCGUUAUAAUACAUGGGGUAUCGCCGGGACUUUAUUUCAGUCACGUAACUUAUUUUUGCCUGGGAAUUAAAAGCCCGUAAAAGCGUGCCAAGGCCAAAUUUGACUGUCGUGUUGUUUUCUAAGCCGCUAGUAAUUCUUGAAGUGUGGAUAGUGAUCACUUUUUUAAAAUAACCAAGCAGACGAGUAUGACUUGUGUUUUUUUUUUCUUCAGCGUGUGGUUGUGAUGUGGGAGCCACAAGAAGUGGAGAAAAGUGCGACAAAGAAACAGGCUUCUGUCACUGUUACCCACACGUGACUGGGAGAACGUGCAACAGGUAACAACUGGGCUUAUCAGUCUAAAAUACGGACAUAAAUUGUAAGAGUUAUGAAGUAAUGAGACCAGAAAAUUCAGGAAUGAAAAUAAAAUUUCAAUUUUCUUCUUUUUAUUUUGCGGUUUAGGUAAAAUUAUUUUUAAAAAGUAACGAAAACGCAAAUGGUGACUAAUGUAACCAUGGAGAAGGAAAAACAUUACACGGCUGCACAAUAAACUUCUACCUCAAGCUCUUAGCCUUCAUAACAAGUGUCCCCCUAUUAACUUUGAUUUCAUUUAGUUUUAAAACCUCAAACACCAGAAUGUUUUUGUUUUUUAAGGACGGAAAUUGGCUUCUAUUACCCAGAUGUGCACUACAUUCACGCAGCCAGAGGUCCUUACGUCCGAUCAGCUAUGGUAAGGGAUUGUAGUCUUCAGAUGAGCCCGGCGGACGAUAAUAGAUUGUUUUCAUCCAUUUGCUUAGUUCCUACCGAGUGGCUCAAAUAGGCAAAAAUUGAAUCCCUUGAUACUGCAUUCAAUGACAAGAAAACUGUUACAUGGUCAACAACCUCCUUUUAUUUAUUUAUUUUUAUUCAUCUUUUUGCUUAUUUUUUGAUAUUAUCAGAACACCCUUCAUGUUUUGUUGAAUAUACCUCGGACUGGUAACUACCGUAUGCUUAUAAAAUACACCAACAAUGGUCUGGAAGUCCAAGCGACUACCGCCAUCAAGUAUAAAAACGCUUCUCGUCCGCUAGCAGGAGAGCUCUUUAAUUCUUCAAUUACACUCAGCUCUUCGUGUGUGAGCUGUAGAGGAGUCAUCAAUGAUAGACUUUUCCUAAAGAAGGGGGCGUGGAAUGUCAACAUCACAACAACCAGAACGGCUAACCAGCAACUAGAACUGGUAAAAGAUAGUAACAAUGUAGAAAUUAUACUUUUAAUUUCAUUUCACAAUCUUCUUUUAAUCAAGCUUCUAAUCCUUUUCACUCCUUAACUGUAAGAAUGUAUCUGGCUUGCAAGGGUAAACAUAUCACGAAAAUAACUUGGAAGUAAGCCUCUUUUAAAAAGAUACAUAAAUUUAUCUUUUUAAAAGAGGCCUACUUCCAAAUUAUUUUCGUGAUAUGUUUACUCUUGCAAGCCAGAUACAUUCUUAUAAUGCAAGAAAUUCCAGCCUUUUCUAUAUACCUCAUUGUCGGUUUCAAGGUCCUACGUUUUUCAACUCCCUCAGUCGGGAAAUUCAAAUCAGUGAGAGUAUCAGUUUGUUUGGCAAAAGACGUACAACAUUCCCUCUUUCGUCGUAAAAUUGACUCUUUGUUGAGCUACACACCUUUUCUUUUUCUUUUUUCUCUUCUUUCUUUUUUUUUCUUUAAAAAAUGAAUCCAAAUUUUCAUUCAGUACCCUUAACUUGUAUGGUUUACUCAAUAGUUUCAGGAAGCCUAUAGUUUAUAAGCCCCCGGCUUCUAUAUAGCCUUCCUUGCCUUUACCACAUUUAAUCUUGUAAAUAAUUUAAUUAGAAUAUUGUAUAUUAUCUUUAAUGUAUUUCUGUAUACUGUUGUUGUAUUUCUGGUUAAUGGCAAAAUAAAAUGAAUGAAUGAAUGAAUUUACCACCUUAUUUGUUUCCAGGACAGUGUGGUCGCCAUUCCUGUAGAGUUUAAGGAAGCCACAGUACUCGGGGAUCAGAGAGGAAAUUACCAGUUCCUUUGUAGCAUUGAUGGAAAUAAAAUGACGUACGAGUACUUUGCAUAUAUUAAUAAUGAACUCACAGUAAAACGAUAUGUUGUUUAACCUAUCCUAGCAGUGCUCAAUUCAUAAAAUAUGAAGAGCGAAAUACAAAUGCAGAGCAUGAAGACUUGUAACUCGGAGUUUCAAGCACUAAGGGAUCAUCAGACUUAAAGUUCUAUAUUAACAGAUUCUUUUCUGAUGCAAAAAUAUCGCUCACGCUCCUACAAAAACAACUUUCCUUUAUUCUCACCUCGACCGGGUCUUCACCAAAGCUAAGCACUUAUUGUUUUUCAUUCCUUUUUUCUCGAAUACAUUUCCGUUUUAAUUUUCCUUGUUAUUAACCUUGUUAUUUGCCUCUUAUUAUAAAAAAAACGUCUCGGUCCAUCGGUUAAUUUUAUUAGAAUAACAUUCAGAGUCACAACAAAAGGAAAGACUUUAUGUGGUGCGACGCGCGCUUUUGCUUCGCCUUGCAUGGUUUCAAUGAUCUGUGUUUACCAACCUGGCACAUGAAAACGCCAAAAAAAAUUUAGUUUCUCCUAAAUGCCUUUCUCAUGGUCCUCCCUUGCUUCUUAAUCGCCAUAAACGUUAAGAUUAAGAAGCCUUAAAAUAACUUAAUUUUGCCUUGCUUCAGGUCUCUCCCAAGCUGUCUGUUGUGGUUCUUUAGCGUAUCUAUGGAUUACCUUCGUGGAGCUUUAGGUAAUAACAGUUUAUGUCAUCUAUAGUUACAGUCAAUUAUUUUCCAAGCAUUCUUAGUUUCCACUCUUUACCAGUUUAUUACGGACAAACUCGGUCUGAGGUUCACCUCACAGUUGUAAAAAGAACAAAUCUAAAUGAUACGCCAGGCCCUGAGCUUCGAUCUUUUACAAGUAUACUUAAUUAGAUAUGCAAAUAUAUUUCAUUAGAAUUCAGUAGAACUGUACAUGGUUUUCAAGGUGUUUCUUUGAAUAGUAUAUUAGGGAUGUUUAAGACCCAUUUUUGCACAGGAAUCUCAUUAAAUUGCACAGAAAUAUACUAAUGUCGAUGACUUCAUAUCCUUUUCAUCCCACGUGUGGGGUCGUGUGGGGUCUAUGUAUUGUCGAUGUGUGUUCGAUAAAGGGUCGAUAAUGGAGGAGGAGGGAAAAAGAAAAUAUCGUUAAUGUAAAUUCCCGCUCAAGUUAAUGAGAUUCCUGCACAAAAAAGGGUCUAAAACAUUUCUACUACACUACUAACAUAAGGUUUCUUCCUAGGCUAGUACGAGGUAACCUACGAAGUAAGUUAUCUGAGCGGCGAAGGGUCUAAAUUAAUGAUAAUAAAAUAAUAAUGACCAAUACUUUGACAGGGUGACCUCUUCAGUCACAAGACAAAGAGAAUCAUGGGGUUAUUUUGAUUACAGUGUAAAAACACGUUUGCCAAUCUUCCUCUUCUCUGUUCCCUGAAAAAGACUUUUGAUGGAGUUAAUCGAUACAUUUGACUCGUAGUUCAUUGGUUCUGGUAUGAUUCUGGAAAAUGUUAUCAUGGCUACCACUGAACUGAAAAUUAAACUCACUCAACAUCAGCUGCUUGUUAAAAUUUUUGUUUUUUAUUUCUCCACCAAUAUAGAUUGUUAUUGUCAUCCCUUGGGAUCCAACAGUUCAGUUUGUGAGUCAUAUGGUGGCCAGUGCCCUUGUAAACCCGGGGCAGAAGGGCGUGACUGUAGUAGAUGUAAACCAGGUUUUUACAAUUUGACGGCUACCGGAUGCACCCGUAAGUUUACCAUGCUUUAAUUCAUCGUAGACCCAAAUCAUUUCGUUAAGCAUCAAUCUCAAAUGAAUACUACCGACUUGCAUCAAAUUCAAAAAAAAAGGACAAAGUAUUUUAAACCUAGUGAUAUUUUUCAUACAGCCAUUGCUUCAUUCAAUCUACACAAUGGUCUAAUAACAACACAAUUUUUUUAAUUUUUAAAACUAAACUAGUGAGCAGCACUCUGCGAACUGUCGUUGUAAAACUUGUUUAUUCUCCUACGCGUUUCGUUUAACUAACGUAGACUUCUUCAGGGAGUUUUACAAUCAAAUACUAAACCCCUGUAUUUAAGCCAUAAUAUGGGCCACGGUUUUAGCUAAAAUCGUGGCCCAAUAAAACCUACUUACAAAGAUUAGCUAAUGUAACAGUAGCUUUGCAACAUACGGUACAGUUUAUUUCUGGCAUAAUCCUGUUGAUUACAUUCCUAAUACGUGUUUGACUUCAAUUAAAAGUAGUAUUGAAUACACUAGCCCGCUGAGACCUAUUGUUAGCUUUCUGCAAAAGCCACUUCUUCUUUUUCGAAAGUUUUCUCCCUUUUUUGUUGUUUUGUAUUGGGGGUUUCUUUAAGUGCAAAAAGUCCCAAGUACAGUUCUUGCAUGAAAAUGAAUUCUCUGUGAUGUCUCAAUUUUAGAUUCAUCUGGAAACCUAAGACUUCAACCGUUUAAACGUUAGGUAACACUAAUUGAUAAUUCUUUGUUCAUUAUUUUUAGCUUGUGGAUGUAACGGAGCAAAUUAUAUUUGUGAUGUGACGACAGGCAUGUGCGAAUGUCCAGAGAACACAGUGGGUCGAACAUGUCAACCAUGUCAAUGUAAUAACAAUACAAACAAAUGUCUGAGGUCAGGAGAAUGUAUUGACUGCCAGUAUAAUACUACUGGAUAUUUUUGCCAGCACUGUGCUAAUGGAACGUUUGGAAAUGCGCUCAACCAGCAAUGCAACGGUAUGGUUUAUUAUUAUUAUCAGACAAUGUCCACGUUCUGAGUAAAGAUGCAUGUUACAUAUCUAUGAAAGUUAUGAAAUGCUCAACAGCGAACGCUCAGUUCUGAAACCUGGUUGGAAUUUAACACUUUCAUAAACUGGCCUCACAGUUGUGAUUAGGCGUUCAACAGAACAAGCCACGUGUGAUAAAUCCAUGCAGCGAUAAAAACAACAAAUCUUAAUUUUGACACCCUGUUUUGUUUAGCAACGUAGUGUGUUCCGUGUGUACAUUUGCACUUAAGAUGUGAUUACUUUCUCACUCCUUUUUCAGCCUGUGCGUGUAAUGAAGUUGGUUCCUUAGAUCAGCAAUGUCACAGAGUUAGCGGUCAAUGUAACUGCAAUAACAAAGUAAUGGGAAGAGACUGCAGUCAAUGCCAGGUCAGUAACAACUAUUCCAAGUCAGUAAGAACUCGUUAUAACCAUCUGUUCAUGUUUUUCAUUCAUAGUCUAAUUUUGAUCUCAUUUAUUUCUCAAAAGAACAACACCUUUGAUCUGGGUCCCGCUGGAUGUAGAGACUGCGAGUGUAACCCUCUUGGUUCAGUAAGCUUACAAUGUUAUUCAAGUGGUCAGUGCCCGUGUCAGACCAACGUAACAGGAUUUAAAUGCACUCAAUGUUCUCUGGGAUUCUACGGUCUUCCUAUCAUGUCAUGCAGAGGUAGGACGACCUGAAUACUUGUUUUUACUCCACAUUUACUUUAUAAUGUAUUGUACAAUACCAAACAAGGUAAAGGGAUUAACCUCGAUUUUUAGACCAUGCAGAUUCAUGAUCGAUAUUAAACACCAUUAUUUAUCUUUGCUUCUUUAUUAAACAUCUUCACCAUUUUUGACAUUUUUCAAUUUUCAGAAUGCAAUUGCAGCACAGUUGGAUCCAUCCCUGGCACACUGUGUAUCAACGAUACCGCUGGACAGUGUCAAUGUAAAACUGGUGUGACUGGAAGGUCAUGUGACCAAUGCAAGAAGUAUUUUACAAAUUUCUCGGACUCUGGUUGCUCAGGUAAUUUGGAACUAACAAUUGUAGGUGAAUAACCUUCAUCCAAUCUCCCCAGAAUCAAAAGGGGUGAGGAUUGAACAAUAGCAAGUGCCGAGUUUGGGUGGGUUUUUUGUUCUCUAAAUGUUAUCUUUAUUAAGCAUGCGUAGCAUACCUACCUAAGCCGCCUACUUAACUCGCCUACAGUAGCUGGCUCUUUGUCUAUAUUUGUUGAGUCGUUGUGACCGUUUGACACGGUAUGGUUUCAACAUCUCUAAACAUGACUCAACCAAUGUUGGGGCCGCUGUUGAUCACGUUACAAUUUAAUUUUAGUAAAAAAAACAUAAAGAGUAUGAAUAAAUAAAAUUUCGUUCUUUCUAAUUUGCAAUCACAGAAUGUUCCCCGUGUAUACGGAACUUAAGACAGACGAUCGUAAACACGACAGAUGACGCAAAUAGGACGGAAAUGGAGAUUCAGGCACUGAAAGACCUAACAUAUUUCAAUGCGCCACUGGCGGAAACCUCCACCCUUCUGGAACAAGCCAAGGUUUGAUUCUCUUACAGUAAAAUCCAAAACUAAGAUUUCUAUUUUUAUGAACAUGACUGUUGGCAAAUAAGCAAACAUGGAUUUAUAAUUUCAGGUUGAAAGAGAACGGUUCUAUUCAAGAACUACUUCUGGAAAUCAAGCUUUUCAAGAACUCGUGUCGGCAAAAAUCCCGAAAACAAACGAGAGUCUUCUAGAACUUUCUAUCAGGGUAAGUUCAAUUGGAAUGUGUAGUGAGUCAAAAACUCCCAACUUUCGAAUUGCCCAUAAUGCUCUUUGA